AUGCCUUCCGAUUCAUUUGACCGAGACGUGGGUGAAACAUUUCUGGUUACCGUUGGCUCAGUGCAUGCACGAACAGUGACACUGAAUAUGGGAAUGAGAACGCCAGCUUGGUUCGAUUUCUUUGGAUUAGGCGCUAGCGCCCGCGAGGAUUCAGAUGGAAUAGGCCAGGCUACACGAAUUGUUCAUGGGAUGAUCGAUGCAGAGGAAAUCCCACUAGGAGAUUUUUCAAUGGGAGGAGCAGUGGCUCUCUACGCUGGUCUCACCUAUCCACACAAACUCGCUAGAACUGUUGGUCUCAGUUCCUUCCUCGUCCAAAGGGACAAACUACCAUGGGCAUGUCUGCGCUUUGAAUCCACUUCUGAAAGAUUUCGUACAGUUUUGUAG